UGUGAAUAAAAACAGUGUCAAGAAUGGAGAACCCUGCCAAGAGAUCGAGAGAUGACUUUCAACAGUCAUCUGGAGAUGCGUUUAAUGAACAUGACGAUUUUUCAAAGAGAGCUCAUGCAGACCCCACCGCAGAACUUAUCACUAACAUCUGCAAAGAUAUUAGAAGGAUCGGUGAAAACUCGAUUUUGGUUAAUCAAGUUGACGAUAUCUCAUACAUUUCGAACCCAAUUGUUGCUGAAUUCGAAAAAAUUGACAAGUUGCGUGAAGCAGUCUUGUCUACCUUUCAUGCAGUGGUCCGUGAACAGCCACAAAAGAUCCCCAACAUUUGUGUGUUGAUUUUCAUUUGCAAUGCUAAAAACUUUUUGGUCGCCAAGUACGUCAUUGAAUAUUUCCACGCAAAAGCACAGGAACUGUUGGAUCUGUUGAGAGGCUCCGACGAAACUAUGGCCGAUUCAGAUGAGAAAGUAAUCAAGGUUUCUGAGGACGUUGAAACUGCUGGAAUUUUCAACGAUUUGAAGUCCAUCUUCAAGUUUUUGGCCGCAUUGUCACCAAUUAUCGAAGACAAUUCUGUUGUAAACAUUUUCAAGCAGUUUUUGAAUACUGCCAUUGAUUUACAAAAUUCGUCGACAACACGUAGUGGUUUGGCCGAGGAAAUCUUCUACAAUGUGCUCGUGGCUACACCAUACUUAUUUGCAAAUGACUACUCAUCACUGACGAUGAACACUGCAAAUGAUUUACUUGAAUUGGCUCACAAAUUCACUGUUGUCGAGAGUGAUACUUCCCGGACCAUCUCAAUUUUGGAGCCUUUCGACUCUAAAAACGCUAAUUUCAUUGAGAACAUGCCAUACAAGCCCCAAAAGAUUGUCAAUUUGAUUUUGCCAGCACUUGAGUCCUUGCAAGGACCAGACAAAAAUUGGGCUACUUUAGAACUGUCUCUCUUUGUAAAUUUCAGAGAGCUCAUCGAGCCAAUUAUCGCGAAUGCACUCCAAAAUAACGCCAUAUCUUCUGAGAUUGUCAAGCACACCUUGCCUCAAUUGGCUAUUCCUGGGGUGGAAGACUUGAAGCGCUACAAACCAGUAGGAUUGAUUGACAACUUGUGGUUCGAGCACCCACGUGUUCUAUUUCAAGUAUACAACACAACGACCUCAUUUGAAACAGUUCCACCUAUUGAAUCUUACAUUGGUUUGUUUUUCAAAGAUAUUGCGUUUGACAUCUUGACGAACAUGUCUUUCAAUCAGAAGGAAGCCUCGAUUCAAUUGUCAAUCUUAGAUUUGUUUUGCUCAAGAGAUUUAUUUAGUCCACCCGGAUCAACAAUUGAUCAAUUAUCCCUUAUUGCGAAGGACAACGAGGCCGGAGAAAACCAGCCCCCACUCUCUACUUGGAAAGUUGAAGACGUGGCGGUCGAGAGUAUUUUGACAAUGAUUUUUCAACUUCCUAAGUCAUUGUAUUCUGAAAUCUACUACUACACAGUGCUCAUUUCAUGCUGUCGUGAAAGCCCCGAGUCUAUUGCCCCAGUCUUCGGAAGGGCCAUUCGUUUCUUUUACAAUAACUUGGAGAUGUUUGACUACGAACUGAAAAUCCGUUUCAUGGAUUGGAUGACUACGCAAAUUUCGAACUUUGAUUUUAGUUGGAAGUGGGAUGAGUGGGUUGCUGAUUCAGUCAAAUACUCAAACUUAACUUACCACCCGAAAAAGAAUUUUAUCAAGAACUUGAUCGCGAAGGAAAUCCGAUUGUCAAACAAAUCUCGGAUCAGAGACAGUUUUGUGACCAUGACACAGGGGGAGGACGGAGAGAGCCAAGUGGUUGCAUUGACUGAAUUUUACAAAUACUUGGACUUAUCUUUGUUUCCGGACGCGCUCAACUACAUGAUCAACUACGAUGUGAGUCUAUACGGUGGGGACAACGAAGAUUUGAAAAACAUCAUCACCACAUCAAUCACGAACAGAGCUCAGGUUCUUAAAGAUAAUCUGGCCGUGACAGCUCAAGAAGAGCUAAUUUAUGAAUUUUCGAACCCACAAAUGCCUCUCAACGAAGUAGCGAACAAGCUCUACGACUUUAUCAUUGCGAAUUGGAGAUCAAACGAACAAUUUAACGACAUGGUCAACGAGACAACCGAGGCAAUCAAAUCUUCGGUCGUCAAUGUUGAUACCGAGAAAGUUUUGAUCAAUCUUAUUUUCCAAACUUAUGCCUACAUUGGAUCCAGAUCUAUCUACUCCGUGGUGAGUAUUCUCAACCGAGAUAUCGCUAAGUUGAAAUACAUCAGUGGUAUGACUGUUACAGAAGAAGAUUACAGAGUCAGUGGCAAUGACUUCACUUUCCCUGAGUUGACCUUGACCCAAGAGCAUAUCAACUUGAGGCAAUCGUGGAUCGUCGAUUCGAUUUUGAGAAUCUGGAUACAUCAACCUCAAGUCGCCUUUUUGAUCUUAGAGUAUUUAAUUGAGUUUCAAAUUUUGAACCCUCAAUUGCUUAUUCGCAAAGCUCUUGAUGUUGACCAUAAUCUCAUUCUUAACAAUGUGUCUUGUAUGGAGUCCAUGAACAGAGUAUUGAAUGGAAGUUCCAAGAGCGAAAAUUUUAAAGACGUCAUCCUUUUGUUAUUCAGCCUCAUUGUACAAAACUUGAAUGUCACACUCGAAAAAUUAUCGCCAGAGGAUCCAGCGCAAAGCCCCGUGGCGAUUACGAAGGACUUUUCUGACGAGGACAAUCAAAAUGUUGAGCUUAUGCAAAGGAUCGAUUUACAAUGGCUCUUCUAUGAAUACAGAGGGCUAUUAAAAACAUACGUCAGAAAAUUCAACAAAGAAUACGCUUCUUUUGAAGAUGACGUGAAGUCGUGCUUUGAAAUCAUCGAAAACGAGCCGGUGAAGACAGACGCUCUCAGGUGGGUCGAGGAAUUGAAAUACUAAGUAUAUAUACGCUGGUUGAAUGAAUGGGGACUGUCCAAUCAGUGCAAUCCUGUGUUCUAUGAUCAAUCCAGGAGUAAUUAAUACAAGAUAUUACAGAAUUACGAACUUUUUCAGACUGAACAUAAAACGCGCAUUCCCGAAGGCCUGUGAUAUAUCC